AUGGAGCCACCAAUAUAUUCAGUUGAGCUGCCCAAUACAAGAAGGCCAGGACAAACUGGGAUUUAUCGUAAUUCGUUUAACCCGGAGACUCUGACUUUCUCGACAAGUCCUGAAAACAAAACUCUCUAUGACAAUUUUCAAUACGCAAUUAAAAUAUCAAGGGACCGAAAUUGUAUCGCACAUAGACCUUAUAAUAAGACAACUAAACGAUAUGAAGGUUUUGUUUGGCAAACUUACAAACAAGUCAACGAGCGCGUUAACAGCUUUGGUUCCGGGCUUAUGCAUUUGAGCAAUACCGUUGUAAAAAAUCCUAAAUCGAAACAAUGGUCUGUUGGAAUUUACGCAAAUAAUAGGCCUGAGUGGUUCAUUACUGAUCAGGCGUGUGUCGCAUAUAAUCUUGUCACCGUUGCGAUAUAUGACACUUUUGGCCCUCAGGCUGUUGAAUAUAUCAUAAAUCAUGCUGAAAUUCCAAUUGUGGUCGCUGGUGCUAAUCGCAUCCCUGGGCUUAUUCAGAAUGCAUCAAAGAUGCCCAAAAUGAAAGUAAUUAUUUCAAUGGAUGAUCUUGAUGACAGUGACCCUGCUCCUGAUGCAAUUACCACCGGAAAGGUUUUAAAAGCAUGGGCACGUGAUCAGGGCAUUUUAUUAUUGGACUUUAUCGAGGUUGAAAGAUUAGGUCAACAAUAUCCUCAUAUCCAUAAUCCCCCUUCUCCGGAUGAUAUUGCUUGUAUUUGUUAUACUUCAGGUACAACUGGUGUUCCAAAGGGUGCUUUGCUCACACAUACAAAUUUCAUUGGUGCGAAAAAUGGCUUCAGUUUAUGCUGGGCUGCAAGACAAGAUGACCUUGCUCACGUAUUAGAACGAAUGGUUGAAGUAUUAGUGGUUUCUGCCGGUGCUAGUAUCGGUUAUUUUCGUGGGAAUGUACUUAAUCUUAUUGAUGAUAUUGCUGAACUUAAGCCUACCAUUUUUCCUUCUGUUCCGCGUUUGCUUACGCGUGUGCAUGCUAAACUUCAACAAAACACUGUGUAUGCUCCUGGAAUUAAAGGCGCAUUAUCACGUAUGGCUGUUUCUGCAAAGCUUAAGAAUUUAGAGGAUGGAAAGGGCUAUACUCAUACUUUAUGGGAUAACCUUAUAUUCAACAAGAUAAAACAAGUUAUAGGAGGACGUGUGAGAUUAAUUAUUACGGGGUCUGCACCUAUAGGUCCUGAAGUAUUACAGUUCUUGAGGAUUGCAUUUGCUUGUGAUAUAGCUGAGGGUUAUGGACAGACUGAAGGUAUCUGUGCUGCGACAAUGACCUUAAAACAUGAGAAUGCUGCCGGGCAUGUGGGUGGUCCUGUUCCAUGUAAUGAAAUAAAACUUGUAGAUGUACCUGAGAUGAAUUAUUUUUCGACCGAUAAGCCUUUUCCUCGCGGUGAGCUUUGUUAUCGCGGUCCAAGUGUUUUUCGUGGCUAUUAUAAAGACGAUGCUAAAACAAAAGAAACAAUUGAUAAGGAUGGAUGGCUUCAUAGUGGAGAUGUUGCAUAUAUUAAUGCAAGAGGUGCAUUUUGUAUAAUUGAUCGAAAGAAGAAUAUAUUCAAGUUAUCUCACGGAGAAUACGUUGCCCCAGAAAAAAUCGAAAAUGCAUAUGUGAAUUCCAAUUUAAUACUUCAAAUAUUCGUUCAUGGCGAUUCUCUUCGUAAUCAUCUUGUUGCCAUUGUCGUGCCAGAUCCAGAAACUUUUGUACCGUGGGCAAAUGCAUUGAUCAAACAAAAUGUUUCCUUGGGUGAUGAAAAAGGAUUGGAAAUUCUUGUUAAUGAUAAAAAUGUGAAAAAAGCUUUUUUGGAUCAUAUGAACGAAGUUGCAAAGCAAACAAAACUUAAAGGUUUUGAAACAGUUAAAGCAAUUUAUCUCUCGAGUGUUCCAUUUUCGGUUGAGAACCACAUUUUGACUCCAACGUGA